AAUUUUACGGAGAGCUUGUUCAGCCUAUAGUUGUUUUGUUCACAAAGUAAAGCAUUUUAAAUAAAAAUACACUGUGCGGUUACUUAUUAUCAAUUAAUUGUCGUGACCAAAUACAUUAGUUAAACAUGGCUCAAAGAGAAAAGCGCUCCAACGCUGGCAAUCGAAUGGCAAAGUUGCUUGACGAAGAAGAGGAAGACGAAUUCUAUAAAACAACUUACGGGGGUUUUCAAGAAGCUGAAGAAGACAACGACUAUGUUGAAGAAAAAGAAACGGAAGAUGUUGUGGAUUCAGAUUUUGAUAUUGAUGAAAAUGACGAGCCAACUUCUGAUCAUGAUGAUGAAGAAAAACAGAAAAGAAAAGUUAACGCAAAAGCAUACAAGGAUCCAAAUAGAAAACGUAAAGGUGUAGCAGAGAAAACAAAAAGAGUUGUAAAGAAACCAAAAGAACACAAAAUUAAAGAAGAAACAACGACAGUGCCAGUGGAAAAAGUUGAUAAAUCUAUAAUCGAUCCAUCAAUAGAACGAAAAUCAAUAAGACAGAGUACAGCAGUUAAAUCUGCGGAAACUCAACAAAGAAUCAAAAUAAGAUCGGAGUUAAAAAAGAAGAAGCCCAAAAAAGUAGAGGAGAGAGUUCUGACACAGGAAGAAUUACUAGAAGAAGCUCUUAUUACAGAAAAAGAAAAUCUUAAAAGUUUAGAGAGAUUUGAACAAAAUGAAUUAGAAAGGAAGAAAGUGCGUCCCACCAAGAAAACUAUUACUGGACCUGUAAUAAGAUAUCAUUCAUUUGCAGUUCCCGAACCAUUAGUAUCAGAAAUUGGAAACAUACCUGAAGAGAUACAGAAUACUACGUCACUGGAUGAUAGUAAAGAUGAGGAUAUGAUUAAGACUGAAAAAGAAUCAACGGUAGAAAAUACUGAUGAAAAUCCAGUGACUGAAGAGAAACCAAUAGUUGAAGAGAGUGAUAUAAAAUUAGAAAGAGAUACGAGAACGAAGAUGGAUGUUGUUGGUCCUGAUGAAGAAAUUAAAAUUGAAGAUGUUAAAUUGAAAAAUGAAAAACAGAGCAAACCCAAGAAUGCUAAUUGCAAGUUUUAUGAAAGAACACUAAUAUCGUUUGAAAACGACAUAAGAAAUAAAGCAUUUAAAUCGUGCUUCCCAACUUCAAUACCUAAGAAACGACGAGAGUUAUUAUGCGCUGUCACAAAGAGACCAGCCCGCUACAUUGAUCCAAUCACAAAACUGCCAUACAGAAGUGUGGAUGCAUUCCGUAUCAUCAGGGAAGCAUAUUACCAACAAUUGGAGGCGCGUGGUAACCGUUCAGACCCACAAGUGAAGGCCUGGCUCGACUGGAGACGAGCUAACUCCACUUCCAAUUACGUUCAAAUACAUAUAAAGUGACCAGUGUACUGUGCUAUGGUGUAGUGACAUAGUUAUGUGAUAAAAUAAGGUGUAGACGAAUUGAACAAACACUUACUUAGUCCCUUUGAAACUUUAGAAGACCUCAACCAAAAGAAACCCAGUAAUAAGCAGCAUAAUGUAUAAUAAUAAUAGCUUUA